AUGUUUCAUAAUGUCGCACUACUCAUCGGUGAUAUCAUCGACUCUGGGGCUUCAUCGAGAUUUAGAAAAGCUGGAUGGGUCAAACUCCGCGAGCAAAAAGCAAAGGAAAAGGUAAGGCGGAAAGCUUCAAGAAAGAAGAGCGCGGCGACGAGUAAAACCGGCAAAUCGACAAAAGCAUCUUCGCAGGGAGCUCAAGUUGAAGCG